CACACGCACACACACACACACCCACAUACACAGCCGCUUGCAAUGGCAUGGGCCACUUCUGCAAUCACUCAGCUUGCUGGGGCUGUUGCAUUGGAGCGUCGUGGUAGGGGAGCACAAGGAGAGAAGGAAGGUUCCCUGGCAAUCGACAAUCCAAAGCUGUCUGUGCAAAGCAUUCCGGGAUUGCAAGCGCAAUUGGUUUGCCCUGGCGAUGUGGUCUCUGCAGAGCCAGGGGCUUUGCGGGGCCGUGGGGUGGUCGAACGAGCGGAUGGCAAGCUGGUCGCUACAACAUGCGGCGUCGUUGAGCAUGUAAACAAGCUGCUUUAUGUGAGACCCUUGAAACAUCGCUAUGCUGGCAGUGUUGGUGAUGUGGUUGUGGGCAGGAUUGUUGAAGUGCAAACAGACCGCUGGGCGGUCGAGAUUGGCACAGCCCAGCUUGCCUACCUACAUUUGGGGGCGAUCCACUUACCUGGAAAUGUUCAGCGACGUAGGACUGAUGAAGACACACUCAGAAUCCGAGAGUUUUUUGAUGAGAAUGAUCUCAUCUCCGCAGAGGUGCAGAAAGUUCAAGAGUCUGGCGAGCUGGCAUUGCAGACGCGGAACUCACGCUAUGGAAAGUUACAAAACGGAGUACUUGCUUGCGUUCCAUCAGUGUUUGUCAGACGGCAGGCCCAGCACCUAGUCAAUUUGCCACGAGUUGGCGUGAUGGUGGUACUGGGCAACAAUGGUUGGGUGUGGGUUUGCGCACCGCCCAAAGUUGCGGGCUCCGGCCGGCAAGAGACCAUCAACUUUUCUCAGAUGGACGUGCGAUAUCAGAAAGUAAACCCGGACAUGAGAGAGCGAAUCUCAAGAGUUCGCAACUCUGUGCUGUGCUUGGUUGGAUAUGGGCUGGAAAUUACACCAGACAGUAUCACUUUCCUCUACGAGCAGUCACUCAAGCUGGACUUGGCAGCAUGGGAGCUUUUGGACUCCGCUCGUUGCGAUUCAGCCGGCUUGGUGGAAAAACUUGUGGCAGAGGUCACGCAGAGCAGCGGGCGCUAGAUUCGUGAGAUGCAGCCUUCUCAGAGGAUGACCACAGAGGAACAAAGGAGCGCGGUGCAUCGUUGCGCGGGAUUAACAAUGAUGCAAG